UUUGGUAACCAUUCCUUUACAUGCUAUCCCUGGCACAUAUCAACAAAAUACUAUGAGGCUGAUGUCCAUUUCAUUGAGAUUUUAGAUUGUGAUCUUAUCAGUGCACAAUUCGCCGAUUCCAUCCAAGCCAUCAUCAUCCUUCUCGACAACAAUGAUGAAUUAUACUGUCAGAAAUUUCAUGCAUGGAAACCCUUCAUCGAUGAAUAUGAUCCUGAUAUAAGAUUGCUAGUGGCUGAAAAGGCUAUCAACGAUUCAUUUUUUGACAGAACAACUUGCAUGAAAUGGUGUAUCAAUAAUGAAUUUGAAUUAAUUGAAUUGGAUGCUGAAAUCGAUAGCGAGGAUGAGUACGAGAAUGAUUUUGUUGAUUCAGAUGGAAUCAAAAGGAUAAUGCAAGCUUUGAGUGCUCACACUUGGCCUAUGAUGGAAAUGCAUGAAACACCACAAUAUAAACCUUCCCCUAAAUUUGAAAAUUGUUGA